CUUGAGGUGAGCACUGUGUCCCGUGGCCUGGUUGGCAACGCGCUAGCCUCAGUGUCCGUGGUUCAAUCCCCGGCACAGGUGGAAACUGUUUCCUUACACCUAUUCCUGUUCACCUAGCAGUUUAGUGGCAGAUCAGCGUGUUUGAGCAAGAUGGGCACCACAGUAGAUGAUACAUUUCGAAUUCUUGUAGCCACUGACAACCACCUUGGCUGUUUUGAAAAAGAUCCUGAGCGAUGUAAUGACUCCUUUGAGACUUUUGAGGAAAUCUUGGCGAUGGCUGUUGACCACAAGGUGGACAUGAUUCUGUUAGGAGGCGACUUAUUCCAUGAAAACAAGCCAUCGCGUCCCUGCAUGGUGCAGUGUAUGGAUCUCAUCAGGAAGUAUACUUUUGGUGACAGUCCUGUUCUGUUUGAUUUUAUAAGUGAUCCAGUGGAAAACUUUAAGCAUUCCAAGAACCCAGUUGUUAAUUAUCUGGACCCUAACCUUAAUGUUGCCAUCCCCAUCUUCUCGAUCCACGGGAACCACGACGAUCCAUCAGGUCCUGGCCAGUUCUGUGCUCUGGAAAUGCUUUCAGUUGCAGGACUGAUAAAUUAUUUUGGUCGAACAACAGAUCUAAAGGAGAUUAAUAUUUCUCCAAUACUGUUGGAAAAAGGACGUACUAAGCUAGCUAUCUAUGGCCUCUCCUCAAUUAAAGAUGAAAGGCUCUUUAGGCUCUUCAAGUCAAAUAUGGUCAAAAUGCUCCGUCCCAAAGAAUCGAUGGACGCUUGGUUCAAUAUCAUGGUCUUGCAUCAAAACCAUACCAAGCACGGACUCACAAAUUACAUACCCGAGAGUUUCCUCGACCCCUUCCUUGAUCUGGUCAUAUGGGGUCAUGAACACGAAUGCCUCAUAGAACCUCGACUUUCCGCUGAAGAUUCCUUCCACGUCAUCCAGCCAGGAAGCUCAGUGGUUACAUCUCUGUGUGCUGGUGAAGCUGUUACCAAGAAUGUAGCACUGUUGGAGGUGAACCAUCAGCAGCAGUUUAAGGUUACAGCUCUGCCUCUACAAACUGUUAGACCUUUUGUAUUUGAUGAUGUGUGUCUGGCUGAUCAUGCCAUGGAUUUGAGGCCUAUAAAUGAUAAAAUUAAUCCUGUUGAAGAUCUCAUAGAGAGUCAUAUCCACAAGAUGAUAAUUAAAGCCAAGCAACUUUGUACAGGUCAUCCAAAACAACCCACAAAACCUCUUAUUCGGCUGAGGGUUGAAUAUACGGACGAAUCGCAGAUGUUCAACGCAUGUCGAUUUGGCCACAGAUUUGAGAAUGAAGUUGCUAAUCCCAGCGAGAUGAUAUUGUUUAGAAAAUUUAAGCAAGAAAAGAAGCCAGCAGACAUUGGUAUUGAUGGUGAUGCUAUGGAUGCUGUGUUUGCUGAAGAUGUAUCAGAGACACGUGUGGAGGACCUGGUGGAACAGUACUUUGCAGGACUUGAGGAUCAAAACCAACAGCUGUUUUUGCUGACAGAGCGAGGUUUGGCAAGUGCUGUCCGAUCUUUUGUGGAGAAAGAUGACAAAGAUGCCAUCAGUGAAAUUGUCAAGCAUCAGUUGGAAAAAACAAAAAAGCAUAUAUUAUCUCUUGACAAAGAAUUUGUAGAAGAUGACGUUGAGGAGGAUGUCAUCAUGUACCGACUGGAAAGAAUGACUCGUGAUCCUAAGAGAGAAGAGGAAGAGGCUGUUGCUGCACUUAAUAAUCCAGAAAGAGUAAGAACAAGAGUUAGUGACAGCAACUAUGAAGAUGAUGUACUAAGUGAUUUUGACAUGGAUUUUGAUAAUGGACCACCACCACCACCUUCAAGAGGUCGAGGAUCACGUGGUGGGCGAGGUCGAGGCAGAGCUAGAGGCAGCCGAGGACAAUCAAAUUCCUCUGCUAGUUCCAGUUGUGCCUCGUCUAGCAAGGCACAACUUUCAUUAUCUAGGGGAUGGUUUCCCCCAAGGUCCCUUGCUGGGGGAAAGGGAAGUCGAGGCAGAGCGCAAGCCUGUGCUACCACAACAGAAACUGCAGCAGUAGGAACAAAAAAUAUACUAGAAGGCAAAGAAGAAAAAGAAGAUGUAACAGAAGAGCAAGAGAGCAUUGUGAUAUAG